UCUCUUCUGCAAACUCCGUGCAUGCAAUUCCAUCCCCCCAGCCCUGCUCCCAAGGAAGAGCUGCCAGCAAACGGAGCAGCCAUCUCUGACAGCUCUGUUCUCAGCCCAGCAAGGAGGGAGACACGAUGCAGCUCAGCCUUUGGCUGGUGACCAGCUUCCUGGCAGCAGUGCUGAGCAUGGAAAUGCUAGAGGAUGAUGUGUGUCGGGCACCGAAUGGCAAGGAUGGCUUCCCAGGGAUCCCCGGCCUUGAUGGGAGGCCGGGGCAGAAGGGUGAUGUGGGAGAGCCAGGGAAAUCAGCACCGAGGACGGGCAUCCGAGGACCCAAAGGAGACAAAGGCGAAUCGGGGCCUCCUGGCAUCCCAGGGAACCAGGGCUACCACGGUCCACCGGGUCCUCCAGGACUGCCAGGGAAGCCGGGGCUCAAAGGGGCCAAGGGGAAUGCCGGCAGCUUCCAGCAGCAGCAGCAUCCUGCCUUCUCUGCCUCGCGGAUGACGCCACCGUCCCGCGGCACCACAGUGGUGUUCGACAACAUCAUCACCAACGAGGAGAACUCCUACAGCCCCCAAACCGGGGAGUUCACCUGCAGCAUCCCCGGGAUUUACUACUUCGCCUACCAAGUGAUCUCCAACGGAGACCUGUGUCUGAGCAUCACCAAGAACUCGGAGCGCGUGGUCAGCUUCUGCGACAAUAACAGCCGCAACAUCCUGCAGGUGAACUCGGGCAGCAGCGUGCUGAGCCUGGCUGCGGGCGACCGGGUGUCUGUGAACACCAUCCCAACAAAGGGCAACCUGAUUUACCGUGGCACCGAGGCAGACAGCGUCUUCAGCGGCUUCAUGCUGUACCCGCACUUGGGAUGAUGGACCGGCAGCCCCUUGAUUUGUCAGCCCAGAUCUGAGCUGCUUAGCACCUGUGUGUGUGUGUGCCUGCACGCGUUUGUGCCCUGCAAGGACGUGGGGUGGCCUGAUAUGACAGCAAAAGGGAUGGCCUCCAACUGAGCAGCGGAGGUCCCCGUUGCUUGCAGGAGCCAGGCAGCUCAGCCCAGUGCCUCCUGGAGGUCAAAGGCUCCCAGCCUCAUGCUCAGACCUCGUGCUGGAGGGGAUCACUGGUCUCCAGCUCUCUGCGUGAAAUCACUGCGUGCCAACUGCUUUUGCGCCUCUAACCAUUGCAUGCACAUCCCUGGCACAAGGCCAGCGCCGCCUCUCAUGUCCUCCCCAUCACUGCAAAUAAACCUCUUUCCUGACA